UCCAACUGGCACCGUCACACCCGCAGUCUGCCCUGCUUGCUACUAUUGUCCAACUGGCACCGUCACACCCGCAGUCUGCCCUGCCUGGCUACAAUUGUCCAACUGGCACCGUAACACCCGCAGUCUGUCCUGCUGGCUACUAUUGUCCAACUGGCACCGUCACACCCGCAGUUUGCCAUGCUGGCUACUAUUGUCCAACUGGCACCGCCACACCCGCAGUCUGUCCUGCUGGCUACUAUUGUCCAACUGGCACGGGCACACCCACAGUCUGUCCUGAAGGCUACUAUUGUCCAACUGGCACCGUCACUCCAAAUGCCUGUCCUGCUGGCUUCUAUUGUCCAACUGGAACCUUGACACCAAAUGUUUGUACUGCUAGCUACUACUGUCCAACUGGCAGCAUUGCACCGGUUAUCUGUCCUGCCGGCUACUAUUGUCCAACUGGCACCAGCACACCGGGUUUCUGUCCUGCUGGCUUCUAUUGUCCAUUAGGAACGGGUACACCUCAUGUCUGCCCUCAUGGCUACUAUUGUCCAACUGGCACCGUCACGGAACUGCCGUGUGUUCCUGGACAUUUAUGCCCAAAAGGUUCAGGCAAGCCUGUUCCCUGUCCUCUGGGAACAUAUGUCCCGAAUAUUAUGGCCACCGAAUGCAGCCUAUGUGCAGAGGGCUAUUUUUGUCCUAAUACGUACACUGAGAUCGAGUGUGUAUGGCAUAUCUAUUGUAAACCAGGAUCUAUAAGAGAGGAGUGCGAAGUAACAGAUCUUGGAAACAUUAGUUCAAGUCUUGAAAUAAGGUGUAUUCCUGGCUGCCAGCUGUAUAUGACCGCCAUCGUACCAUUGGAGUUUACAGUUCUUUCCCAGAAUACCUUGAAGAUCUUGCAGUACUCAUGGACCCUUCAUGAAUGUCGUAGCCUUGACCUGAAGGACUGCCGUUACUGUCAGCAUCAUGCAAUCAAUGUAGGACACCUGUAUUCAGUUGCUGUCGAUAAACAGGCUUUAAAUAUAAGCUGGGCUUAUGCUCUAGUUUAUAUCACAGUCUCUUACGAAAAUGGAGACAAAGAGUGGGCCCACCUCAUGUGGAAGUAUUUUGAAAAACGAACAAACAAAGAAUGCUACACCGUACCUACAAGCGGUAUAACGCUAAUACAUCGUUUUGACAUCUACUGCAGAGAUACAAAUGAGGGCAAUGAAAGCAAUGAAAGCUUGGAUAUGACAACAGCCCAGUUUACAUACAAAUUAAUGACUAUGUUUGAAUUUCAAGAGAUAUUGAUCAACGUUGCUGACAGCUAUGAUCAGACGGACUUGUAUCUGAUGGCAGGGAACAGCAGCCGGGGUCAUAUACUGGACCUGCACAUGAUAUGUCUCUAUCAAGAUCAUCAGGUCUGGGACUUGUGGUUCACCACUCAGGUAUUUGAACCAAAGCUUUUAACUACAAACAUGAUACGUGAAAUGGAGGAUGUGGCUACAACGGUAUCCUUUGAAGGAGAAGAUUUCUACAGCUCAUUGCAGAAAGUUACAAGUGUAGUACAUAUGAUGAAUCUGGAAGUGGAAGUUGUAAACACAACAACAAUAACAACAACAGAGGAUGGGGAGAUGACCAUAAAUGCACAGAAAAAUACUACUCAAUUGCGCAGUAUGGUAGUGGAGAGAUUGUCAGAGAUUGCGCCUGACAAUGCAGACAUGGUGAAGGGGCUUUCUCAUUCCUUGAACACUGCCAUUAGCAAGAAGGAUGAUGUUACGAAAGAGACGCAGAAAAAAGCAAUGGACAUGUAUGUUUCUUUGGUAAACUCCUACGAAGACACGGCAUCAGAUGUUCCUCAACAGGCAAUCAAAGACAUUGCGAAAGUGCUGGUCACAGGGACAGUUAUGAUGAUGGAUUUCACUGAAAACGAAAAAAACAAAAGUCUGGUGAAGGAAUCAUCAGCUGCGCUCAUCAACUUAAUGGACAAUAUUAUGGGAACAUUGCAAAACAAACAUGUGACAAACUCACCAGGUUUGGACAUUGUGACGCCUGAAGCAACAAUCCAGGUUUCAAAGGUAUCUCCCGACAGGAUAGCUGGAAACAUGUUCGGGCCAUCUGCUGAAUCUAGCGAAAAAUAUACAGACACGACAGAAGUGACUAAGUCUGGCUUAAGCUUGCCGAAGAACGUAGAUCUCACUGAAGUCAGUAAUGGCUCUGUUGCCAUGCAGUAUAUGCACAUGAAGAAAAAUCCUUAUAACUGGGGAAAAAACACGGAGUGGGUUUUAACACCUGUCCAGUCUUUAAGUUUAAAAGAUGAACAAAAUAAACCAAUACCAAUGUCCAACCUCACGGAACCAGUCCGGAUAACAACACCAAUUGCAAGUAAAGGCCUGCCAAAGUCAAUCGCUAUACCAAUACGGUUCAGCAUACUGAAGAGGAAUACUACGUGGACGUUAUUUCCUAAGAUGUCGCAUUCCUGCUAUGGCACAUUCAAUCUAUAUCUGGAAAAGAACUCGCUUGUGUCUUUUAUUUUCACUCUUCCUGGAAAAGUGAAAUCCAUAAAUAUUGGCAUUGGUAAAAAUAGGCUUGUGGAUAAGAGUCAUAUGCAUGACAAAUCCUUCAAGUACCCAGAAGACAUUGUUAUAAUUGACAAGCUCUACGGUUGGCACUCUGAUGAGGAUGUUACGGCAGAAUUCGAGAAUACAACUUUGUUUAGGGAUGUCUUUCAAUUCAAGACCUUUACAUUUUUCUGCACAAGCUAUCUCGGUAGAUGUUGCUCUUCCAAUGCAAGUGAAUGCUUGGAAAUAUACAGUUACUGUUAUGGCAGAGGUCUUGUAAAUGUCAGCUCCGAAUGUUUAGCCAAGUUUCAGGAAAUAAUCAUUGAAUCAGAAGUGGAAAUAACACAAUCUGAUCAAGACAUGAAUGAUACACAAUCUGAUAAAAAAACCAUCAAGCAGAUUCUGCUGAGAAUGUAUGACUCUGAUGUGAUGCUCAACAAGACAGGCUCGUACCUGCAUAUUGGAGUGAGUCUUGACAUAGCACUUGCAGAGGUGAGAGACAUUUUAACAGAAGAAAAUCCAGGAUGUCUCGGUAAUCAUGAAAAGCCUCUGUGCCUGGCAGAAGUGGAAAUGAACAUAUCAGUGUCUGUGAACAGCCUUGUGUGCUUAUACUGGGACGAAUAUAACGAAGAGUGGACGCCUAAAAGAGUUCAGGUUGCAUUUUCCAAUGCUGAUGAUACAUCCUAUGAGUGUCUAAGCACCCACCUGUCAGCUUUUGCCGGAACUAUAUUUGUGGCUCCAACUUCAGUUGAUCCUUUUGGUGAAGCAGAGUUAUUUCUCACGUUCUUUGAGAAUCCCGUGGUUGUCACGACAGUGAUCCUGGUCUGGGCCAUGUACAUCUUCUUUGUCCACUGGGCCCGCAACGCAGACAGAAAGGACUUGGAGCGAGUGGGUGUGGUCAAUUGUAAGGACAACCUCCAGUCUGAAAAAUAUCUGUAUCUUGUGUGCAUAGCAACAGGCUGGUGGAAACACGCUGGCACCACUGCAAAUGUUUAUUUCUACAUGACUGGCUCUGAGGGUGUAAGUGGGAGGAAGUGCCUCAGCUCUGCAGGCAGGAAGUGUUUCCAGGCAGGCUUUGAAGACUGGUUCCUGGUCACCACCUCACAAUGUCUCGGGGAAAUACAGUCUGUCACACUGUGGCAUGAUAACACUGGCAACAAUCCACAAUGGUACCUAAACCAGGUGUAUACCCGUGAUGUGCAGACUGGCAACAGCUGGACUUUCAUUUACAAUGAUUGGUUGGCAGUGGACAGGGGAGCUCUCCUUCAGAUUGCAACUACCCUUGGUGCUGUCACACGGGAGGAGGCUAGGCUGAAGACCAAGUACCACUUCAUGAUCAAGUCAAGCAAGGACCUCCGUGAUGGCCACCUGUGGUUCAGCAUCUUCUCCAAGCCCCCUCAGAGCCAGUUCACGCGCGUUCAGCGCCUCACGUGCACACUGUCUCUCCUGCUCACUACCAUGCUUACAAACCUCAUGUUCUAUGGAAUCCCAACUGAUGAUCCCGCUGAUCAGGUCGUGGCUGGAGCCUUCAAAUUCAGUCUCUCACAGAUCGUUAUUGGUAUACAGAGCAGUCUGAUAAUGUUUCCAAUAAACUUGAUCAUCAUCCAGCUGUUUAUGAAAGUGAAACCCAAACCCCGGAAAUCUUCACGUAAACCCAGCUUUGCCUCUGAGGACAUAAAGACAAUAAUUGAUUCAUGCGGUGUCAAUAUAAAGAGAAAUUUCAACCACCUUAGCAUUCAAAACCCUGCUGGUUUAUUGACAUUCAUCAAAGAAAUGCAAAAUUAUAGUAACAUUAGGCUGUUUCAUGAUAUGUUUCGUGAAGUAAAGGGAUUCGAGUGUGGCCUUGACCCAAAUCUAAUUGUUACUGAAUUUGUUAAUACCGUUGACAUGUUUGACUGGGAAAUGGCAGGCAAAGCCAUCGGUAUGAAUGUGCACGUGGAUGAUUCAGGCUCAUUCAGUCUGUUAGCGCCCAGUGCAGGACACACUGAGGUUGCAGACUCGUUGCAACCUUUUGGUUCCCUGCCACCUAGCUUUCUCAAUACAGAUCAUAAAGUGUGUCAUCGCCAGGACAGAGUUCAUCGUAAUAAAAAACGGAAGCCCACUGUUUCUUUUGCACCUAAACUGAUGAUGCCUAUGGAAGACAUGACAAGUGGUGUCCACAGUGGAACUGAUAUUCAUGCCCCAGUCAGUAUAAGAAAGGAUACUUCCAGAAUACUGCCAUGGUGGUUCAUCUACAUUGCCUGGUUUGUAGCCAUCUCAACUUGUCUCAUAUCGUCCUUACUUCACGAUGCUCUAUGGCUUAAAGUUUGGCUAUGCACGCAGUGUAGAGUGGCUCGUAUCCUUCUUUACAGGGUUGGUUCAAAGCAUCUUUUUUCAGCAACCCAUUAAGGUGCUGUGUAUGGCUGUUCUUCUAACUUUGAUAUUUAAGAAACCAGCGGAGUUUGAUGAUGUGGAGGAACCUCGUGAACUGGAUGAUGAUGAAGAGUACUUGAAGGCAGUUACUGAAGACCCUGAUGUCCACCACAACCUUCGUCCCC